UGCAGUGCAAGUUAGGCUCUCGUGGAAGUUCGUGUAACAUGGCUGAGGAUAAGGAGGAAGUGAAAUAUUACCGACUGGAAGAGUUAAAGCGGCGCAACAGUGGCAACAGCGCGUGGAUUCAUGUUAAUAACAAAAUAUAUGACGUGACCAAAUUUCUGGACCAGCAUCCAGGUGGCGAAGAAGUGCUGAAAGAACAAGCAGGAGGUGAUGCUACAGAAGCCUUUGAAGAUGUUGGACAUUCUACUGAUGCACAUGAAAUGACCAAGCAUUACCUCAUUGGAGAGCUUCACCCUGAUGACAGAGGUGCUUUUGUAAAGCCAAAGGAGCCACUUGUUAUUGUAGAGUCAAGUGAACCAAGUUGGUGGUCCGGUUGGAUAGUCCCAGCGUUAGCAGGUGUGACUGUGGCUCUCUUGUAUCGCAUUUUUAUUGCAGAUCACUGAAUGCAGCACACAGAAGAAAUUGGCACUACUUUGCAUUGACGGAAAUCCAUUACGAAUCAUUUCUAAAGAUAGAAAACAACAGGAAUUCUGCAGGUGCUGGAAAUUCAAGCAACACACAUCAAAGUUGCUGGUGAACGCAGCAGGCCAGGCAGCAUCUCUAGGAAGAGGUACAGUCGACUGUACCUCUUCCUAGAGAUGCUGCCUGGCCUAAAGAUAGAAAUUACUUCCAUGGAAGGAAUUUUGGAGCUCAAAAAAUAAUUGCAAGCCCAUACUUAUGCAUAAAAUGCAUAUCGUGCCAAUAUUGAUUCGUGCUAUUUCUGUUUUGGCAUCAAAUCUGUUGAUGGUAUCUCUCAAUGCUAUUUUGUUAGCACCCCUGGAUGAUGUUUGGUUUCCUGAAAUUGGUUAAUGAGGGAACCAACAUUUUAAGAAUUUCUUGAGAAAUUGGUUUGCAGUAUAGCAAGUACCAGCCUUGAGUAUGUGGUGGGGAGAUUAAUAGAAUUUCAGUUGGGGUAAUAAUGGUGCUGACUUUGUCUGUGAUUGAAGUCACCAGAGAGACACUGACAUUGGUGAUAUAAAGUCUUUAUUCAUCACAAUAAGCAGUCAUUCUGUUGGAGACACUUGUGGUAGCGUCUCAAACCCACUUUUUUUUAAUACCCUUAAAAUCCAUGCAGGUGAUUCAAUAAAAAUUUCAAUAUUUACAAUUACAUGUUUACUUCAAUAUUUUGGGUUGGCAAUGCUUCCUUUGAUUUACAUAUCUAUAUAGUUGGAGAUGCCUCUGUAUAUUCAAACACUUGUCACAAAAUAAUUUGCACAAAUAGUCUAAAACUUUCUGGGGAACAGGAAUUCCAGACAUCCAAAAUUAGUGUUCCAAGGAACACACACAAAAUGCUGAAGGGGCCCAGCAGGCCAGGCAGCAUCUGUGGAGGUGGGGGGGUGGGGGAGUACAAUUGACGUUUCGGGCCAAUACCCUUUGGCAGGACACUGAGUCCUACUGAAACAUGUUGGGCCAAAACAUCACUGUACUUUUUUCCAUACAUGCUCCCUGGCCUGCAGUGUUCCUUUAGCAUUUUUUGUGUUGCUUGGAUUUCCAGCAUCUGCAGAUCGUCUUGUUUAUUAAUGUUCCAAGGCCUUUCUCUGAGUACCCCCCCCCGCAAAAAAAAAUCUGUGGAUUGACUAUACCUGUGAACAUGUUUGAUAUGCUAUGUGACAAUGUCAGUCUGAUUUACCAGUUUAAACUUGAAUCACAAUGUUACAAAUAACUUGGUCCAUGUUGCCUGGUUUGAUGCAACUCGAUUGUAUUACUGCUUGACUGAUGCAUAUGCAAACAUCUCAUGGUCUCCAUUUUGCAAACCAUGGGCCAACCUGUGCUCCAGACAGUGCAAAGGCAUUUUUUUUUAAACUUCAAUUUGCUGCAUGCAAUUUACAAUCCAUAUUAAGUACUGAAGACUGAUCUUGUGUUUGAAGUAUUAUCUGCUACAUUCACAUAACCCUGGAAUACAGGUACUCCAUAACAUUGACAAUUGUCCACUUAGUCCCAUUACUCAAGCUAAUCUUCACCUGGAAGCCUACUCCAGGAUCACUGCUUGGAACCCAUAAUGUUCUUUUAUGGAUAAAUCACUUGAGAAUACAUGAGAAGUCCUGGCAGUUUGCCCUGAAGAUGCUGAUAAAACCCAAGGAACAGGUUUGCACUCAAAAUUUUAUUUAUUAUUAGGACCACAAUAUAGACAAUUUUUUUUUCCUGUGCAGCCAAUAUUUGAUCUAAUGAACUUGUCUGGCUAGACUAUGCCAUUGUUUAUUCUCUGCAAAUGGCUACCAUUUGCUGGUGCCUUUCCCGUCCAGAAUCAUAAUCCUAAAUUCUUCCCCCUUUCAUAAAUUUUCCUUGCAUUUACAAAAUUCCACGCGGCCAAUAGUCCCAGAUUUCUGUCCUUUUAUCUCCUAAUAAUGCUACCAAGCAUAUUUCACACAUUUGGUUUAUAACCUGUACCUUGCCAAUUGACUACUUUUGACACUACAACUUCUAUUGAAAAAGCAUUGAAAACAAUAUAGCUUGCUCUGUGCCUUUGGGAGGGAGUGCCAAGUGAAUUUUGAAUUAUUCCAAACAACAGGAAUUCUGCAGAUGCUGACGAAGGGUCUCGGCCUGAAACGUCGACUGUACCUCUUCCUAGAGAUGCUGCCUGGCCUGCUGCGUUCACCAGCAACUUUGAUGUGUGUUGUUUGAAUUAUUCCGUUUUAGUUUUGAACUCUGACCACUUAACGUUUGCCAAACUCUCCAAGCCUAUGUUUUAUGUGGUUUGUACACAGUAAUGAUGCUUGGUGUUGACUACUGCACUGUGUUCUUGUUUAAUUUACCUGAAUAAUGUACGUCUAUGGGAAUGCAGAAUAAUAAAUGCUUAGAUUUUUCUGUCUGCAUUUGUGUAGCUGGGUAUCUUUUAUAGUUGUGUUGAAUGGCCUGUUCAGAAUUGCAUUGAAUUGCUUCAGCUAUUCUAACUGAGCCAUGUUUUGUAUACUCUGUUCAACUUCACUGUCUUCCCAAAAUGCCCCACAAUCAUGUCAUUUUUCCACAGGACAUCUAGUCUCCCCUACGACUGCUGUGAUCAUUCCUUGUGGUUGCACGUCCACAUUCAAGUCAAUAAAUCCUUCAGUUAAAAUUGCACUUAACUAAAAAUGUGCACCUUAGUGGCUUUGCCAAAGGGUUCUUCAGCGUACAAAGAAUUUUAUAGCCUCCUGGUUCACUACAGUUCAGAAAUGCUACUUCCACCAGUAAGGUUUUUACAUUAAGGAAAUGAGUAUACCCAAAUGUUCAACUUAUCAAAAGGGCAUUGAUGCAAUGAUGUGUAUGUGGGUUAUUGUAUUGAUUUAGUAUGAGAUGUGUGGAAAAUGUUCUGUUGAUAUUUUAACCCUGUGGCUAAAUGUGGGGGAAAAAUUAGCAAGUUCUGACUUUAUUAUUGUGAUGGAUGGUUUUGAGUUUGUUCUGAAUAUGAUAUGGGAAAAAUAGCAUCUGAUAUGGCAUUUGUUUUUUUUAAUUAGUGAAAAAUGGUUUUAAAAUCCUGUGUACAUUGGUGGAAGAUGGGUUGGAAAGGGAAAUGGCCAAUGGGAAGCCUUGCAUGAUUAUACCCAACUAAGUGUUUCAAAUUUGCUUUGAACCUUUUAAGAGCCAUCAAGGUAACUUGGAUGAGGUUUGGCUGAUUAAUUAUGUAUUGAUUAUCAUAACUUGAUUAUUAUACUUGUUCCUGUUGGAAAGUUUUUCUGGAUGAAUUACUGCUGAAAUUCUUCAACUUUUCUCAAUGUGCUUUGCAAAGUAAUGCCAUUUUUAACUAAUGUCUGUUGGUUUGUGUGUUUUGUAGCCUAUUUGCUGAAGGUAAUUUUCCGUUAACCUUGUGACAGAAUAAUGUACUGAUGAAGUGUAAAUAAAUGCUGUAUUAAAACUUGCAGUGCUC